AUGGCACUAAACCUAUUUGAUCAAUUCAUAAGCCCCACACACCUUGGAAUUCCCCUAAUUGCUAUUGCACUUACUUUACCUUGAAUCCUAGUACCCGCUCCCACUAACCGUUAUCAAAACAACCGUUUAGUAUCUCUUCAAAGCUGAUUUAUUAAAACAUUUACACAACAACUACUACUACCCAUCAACCAAGCAGGCCACAAAUGAGCAAUAAUUCUAGCCUCAUUAAUAAUCUUCAUUUUAACCCUUAAUGUCCUAGGCUUACUCCCAUACACUUUUACACCAACAACCCAACUAUCAUUAAAUAUAGGACUAGCUGUCCCACUUUGGCUAGCAACCGUAAUUAUUGGACUACGAAAUCAACCAACAGCGGCACUAGGCCAUCUCCUACCAGAAGGUACUCCCGUCCCACUAAUUCCAGUUCUAAUCAUUAUCGAAACAAUUAGUCUAUUUAUUCGACCUUUAGCACUAGGCGUACGAUUAACAGCUAACCUUACAGCUGGCCAUCUAUUAAUCCAACUAAUUUCAACCGCAACAAUUACACUAAUGCCUAUAAUAACUACAGUAGCCACACUCACCGCUAUUCUACUAGUAUUAUUAACACUACUAGAAGUGGCGGUAGCCGUAAUUCAAGCUUAUGUGUUUGUUCUCUUAUUAAGCCUAUACCUACAAGAAAACGUCUAA